ACGUGCGAAAUCAAUUUUCACCAUCGACGACGACUCUUGCGAACUCACCUCCCGCCCCCUCCUCUCUUCCUCCGCAAAACCCCCCUACUGAUUUAAUUUCUCGGCCAAUCGAACACGACUUAGUCCUGUUACUCGCAAAAUCUCGAGAGUAACCUCCACACUCCCCCCGUCGAAUACCGAAUACCUCCCCCCUCCCCCCCCGAGUCCCAGGCAAUGUCGUCCGCUCUCGCACGUCCCUUGCUCCGGCAAUCGGGAGCUUGGGGUCGCAUGACGGCCCGAAGGUUCGAGUCGACCACCGCCUCUAAGGCUUCCGAGGCCGCUAAGGAGACAGCAUCGAAGGCUAAGGAGACAGCAUCAAAGGCCGCCGCGAACGCUUCCGAGACUGCUUCUCAAUACGCCACGAAAGCUGCGCAAGGUCUCUCGAGGGUCACCUCGUCGGCUGGACCGGCCAUCUCAGGCGCUGCUAAGGGGAUUGCGAACUCGCUGGGCAAAGUCGGCGGCCGCACCGGAAGAUUAGUCGCGUUUUUCGAGAGAACAACACCUACGGUCAUUUACUAUUCUAAGGUCGGCGCGGAACUUGCCAAGAUGGUUUUCAGAGGCCAGAAGAUGUCACCACCUUCUCUCACCACCGUCCAGAGCUACUGGCAGAACCUGCUGAAUUCGGCGAAGAACCCGAGCGCUCUGCUCCAGACGGCCUCCAAGGUUGUAGACCAACCCGCUACCAUCGUCCAGCGAGCGAGAAAUAUCAACAGAGCCCAGCUUGUCAAUGGCGGCGUCGUGCUCGCGGAAUGCAUUGGCUUCUUCACCAUCGGCGAGAUGAUCGGCCGCUUCAAGUUAAUUGGGUACCACGGCGGCGCUCAGGCUGAGCACCACUAAAAGGUGCGGGCCGGCUUCUUUUGAGAGAGAAUGAUAAACGAAAAGAUACCUCUGUAUUACGCAUGGAUGAGGGGGAAUGCUAUAGACGGGGGUGGGUUUGUCGUUCUUUUGCAUUCGAAAGGGAAAACAUAAAAACAUACACGUGGGUAAUACGAAGG